CUCAUUUUCAAAGAUUUUUGCAACUAUUAAUUUGAUUGGCUGAGCGUCUAAUCUUUCGCAAGACAGAUAGAUAAACAGCCUUUUAGAUGACAAAUCACGGAACAAUAGCAGCAAAAUCAGUCAGAGACAGGCCUAAUGUAUACAGCUGCACAAUAAACACGAUGCCCACAGCAUGCAUAUAGACUAGACACCUAUAAUAACGCUCCGUGUUAUUUGCGGGCACAGUAAACACCGAGCAAAUGCUGCAAUAUGGAGAUGUAAUCACUGUCAUACAAGCUGUAAUUUUUUUCUCAUAUCAGAUGACGCUCUAUUGUACCUUGUUUGCGGAGUUUUAAAAUUGCCGGUGCGGCUAAUAGCUAUUUGCGAGAGUUAAGUCAGCGCUGUGCUCGUCGGAUGCCGUCUCUCCGCCGCGGACCGGUAUGAAGUCACUCUCGGUAAACGAGAGACAGAUAUCCCGGGGCGCUGCUCUGUCAUCGCCGUGACGUCAGUUUGUUUAACUCGCGAGCGCCGCGUGCUUGAUAUAAGAGCCGCUUCCGACAGCCAUGUCAACGAUUCUCUCUUCUGAGUCGACUUCUGAGGGCACUUGAGAAGCGGCCGGCACCUCUCUGCGAUGACACUUACUCUCAUAUUCAUCAUCUUGACCGCGUGUCCCUUCGAGUCCACAGGAGCAAAAUGGACAUACAAUGGACCUGAUGGAGAACACAACUGGUCCAGCAACUACCCAUUUUGUGGAGGAGCGUUCCAGUCGCCCAUCGACUUCCAAACACAGCUACUGAGAUACGAUCCAAACCUGCCACCCAUACAGGUCCAGAACUACAACCUGUCGACCAAUGAACAGCUCACUCUCAGCAACAACGGACACUCUGUGCAGUUGUCUUUGCCGUCACACAUGUACAUCUCCAGCCUCCCUCACAGAUAUUCAGCAGCUCAGCUCCACUUCCACUGGGGCUCUUCCAACCUGCUGACUGGAUCAGAACACACUGUUAAUGGCAAACGCUUUGCUGGAGAGAUGCAUGUAGUACACUUCAAUUCUGACAAAUACCCCAACAUCUCCAUGGCAGUGGACAAGCAUGAUGGACUGGCUGUGCUGGGAGUUUUCAUUGAGAUUGGAGAGUUCAACCCUGCUUUCGACAAAUUCUUCAAAUACAUAAAUGGGAUAAAGUACAGAGAUCAGAAAAUACAGGUCCCAUCAUUUAACAUCCAUGCGCUGCUACCAACCCGUUUGGAUGAGUAUUACCGCUACGAUGGUUCUCUGACCACACCGCCUUGCUAUCCCAGUGUACUGUGGACCGUGUUUAGGAGACCCGUCACCAUUUCAAGAAAACAGUUUUUGGCGUUGGCCACAGCUCUGUACGCCUCUUAUGCCCAAGAGUCUACUACUGUGCUACUUCACGGAAAUUACCGGAAACCACAACUCGCAGAUAACAGAGUGGUACUGGUUUCCUUCAAGGAUGGACUGCAUGGUAUUCUUUCAACGGCAUCCCCCUUUCAGAGAAAGCAAGUCAUUCAGAAGCUUCUGGUGGGUGACCUUGCGGAUUUGGCUGAUGAGGGACUCUACCAAUUUCUGCCAAAGUUGAGUCCCCAACCAGGAAAGGAUAGGAAACUGAAGAAAACCAAGAAGCAGGGACACUGGAGCCAGGCAACUCAGAAAGAGCAAUGGUCAAAGAACAGGGUGCAUAGCAAUACUGACUACUCCUCUUCCGUUGGGAAGAAAACACCAAAACCUUGGUAUAUGGGAGCAUUUAAUUCGGAUAAAGGGAUAUGCUUUGAAUCCCUGGAGGAGAACGUUGUGCACAAACUCGAGAGAUACCAUGCAAAGAGUUUGAUGGUUGAAGCUCUGAGAGAGGUCGUCUUCCCGGAGUUGAACCUCAGGAGUUACUUGCACUGCCGAUCUGAUCUAGACCUUCAGACCAUAAGAAAACUCAUACAAGGAAGAUCUCGAGACGAAGCUGCCGAGCUCGAACAAUCACUGGCUGAAGCCAUGCUGAAGAAGAUGAGGAGGCAAAUCAACCAGCAUAGAAACCCAAACAUGAAAACCACCAUAGGGCAUCCUCAAGCCACAGUCCCGAAGGACUUCAACUCUGCCUCAACUUACCACAGACCUCAACGUGUUGAAUGGGAAGAUUAGACCCGGCAAGGGCCAUAGACCUCCCAGAGGGCCUACAUUUCUGCAGUACGCUGUCACGCACAAUAUUCAUAUAGUCAAAUCAGCUCUUAAGGCUAGCAUGUCAUUUGAGUAAUAUUUAUUUAGUUGGAUGGUACCCCUCUAACACUGUCUCUUAGACUCAGACAGUCUUUGUCUCGAACUAGUUUUGCCUUGCAGUAGAUGAAAUGACUUGUUGAGGAAAUAGUAUUCAUGGUAUGUUACGUCGCUUGUUAUGAAAACUUUGUAGUUACUUUCCAAUGAACUGUACAGUAAGCUUUUGCUAGAUGGAUGUCGACAGGGCCGCAAAAUUUCCAGUCAUCAGCGUCCAGAUUAACUAUCUAAUGAUUAGUCUAGACUUAAAUCUUGUCUGUUUUAAGCAUUAGCAAGGUUUUUGUGGGAGAAUACGACUCAAGCUAUUUUAAUUAUGAUAUGCAUUGCACAAAAAGACAGAAGAUCAUCAUAGUGAGGGCAUAUUUUUACAUUUUAUUGGGAAAAGUUGAGCUGUAAUUUUAUUCUGUGGUUAAGCGCAAAUGAAAAAGAGAAAAAGGGGUAGAAUCAGCACUAAAAGUAUUUUAACAUUCUCAAGUUCUCAAACGCUGUGUCAAACUGUUUUUUGGGUGUGAUCUGAACCCAGAGAGACAGCAGACAGCAUAACCUUUUUUUGGACACUGACUCAGAUUUUGGUCUAUAAAAUUCUUUGUAAAAUGUCUAGAUCAUGGAUUGUAAAAUAAAAGCAUAACGUCAAUGAAACAUUUAUCACUUUUUCCACAAAAAGUGGACAAACAUGACCCUGUUUAUGUUCCAAAUGGUGUACAGAAGUGUAAUUGCAUACAUUUUUUAUUUGUAUUUCAGUAAAAAAAAAAAUCUGAAUAUUUGGACUUGUAUGAUUUUCUGAUUUUAUUCACAAAAAUCUUUUUUCUUGUACUGAGCAUAGAAGAUGUUUUUUUUUUUUUUUUUUUUUUUCAUCCCAACAGUGGAAGUUAAUGGCAUACAGUAUUGUUUUGGACCCCAAUGACUUUCAUUGUACGGACAAAAACUGUUAAAACACUAACCCCCGGUUUCACAGACGAGGCUUAAGCCUAGUCCUAAACUAAAAUGUAAAUCUGUUUCAACUGAAAGAAACACUGAGUGAUCUUAAAACACGUCGGUUUCUUUGUUUUGUCUUAAGAUGUACACCAGUAAUGCUUUUAUAUAUAGCGAUAUUCUAAAUGACUUAAAUGUCCUAAUUGAACUAUGGCCUAACCCUGGCUUAGGUCUAUGAAACCGGGGCCUUAAUAUGUCUUUUGUGGUUUUUUUUCUUUUGAAUAUUCGCACAUCGUUUGUAAGUGCAUUAUAUUCACAAAGUUCCUCUCAAUUCAUAGUUUUCUUUUCUGUCC